UAUAGGUACGCGCGUACAUGUCAUACGUAUCGUCUCCGGAAAACGUUCCAUUUUCCGUUUCUAUCGCCUGUGUCGCAGAACCAGAACCACGAAAUUGCGUAUAUAUAUUGUGUGUACUAUAUUCUUCAUCACGUCGUGUAAUCUGCCUAAUGUGUUAAUAUUGUCGUAACGCCGCACAUCAAUAGUUGUCCACGCCAAUCUUCCCACGGAAUAUACAAAAUAACCCAAGAGGAUUUUCAACUAGAGCAGAUGAUGAGGAUGAACAGUUCUUCCAUCGGUUCUGUUGGGACCAAAAGCCUAACCAAGAACUAAUACCUAGGGUGAGAUUGAAGACACCGUAUAGAACACCACCACUUCUUACUAUAAGCCGUAUGCUGAAAGAGUUGGAAAACGAAACAAAGAAGAAAAAAAUGGAAGUAGUUCCAAGGUGUAGAGCUAGAUCAGCAUCAACAUCACGGCCAAAGCUCAGACAAUAUAUACCAAAUGAGAAUGCUCCAUUGGCAAAACGUUUCAGCCGUGUCGGUCAAGGUAAUCGAUGUACAAGCCGAUAUGAAAUUUAUAACUCAACUACUAGACCAUUUGGGAAAAGUUACCGAGAGAUGAUAACUUCAUCUGAUGUUAAAAUAAAUCAAGAAUCGACUGAUACCAACGAAAGUAGUACAGAGUCAACUCAAAGUGCAUAUGUAACUUGUAGUUCAGAAGUUGAAACAUUAAAUAUAACUGGAUUUCAAUGUGUAGAUGAGAAUGCUACUAAGCAUCAAGUCACUUUACAAACUACAAUAGGUGAAGAUAUAACAGAAGCAAGAAAUUAUAAUGUUAAGUCUAAUGAAAAUGCUAAGGUAAUUGAAGAAAAAUUCAAAUCAACUGAAAUAGUGAAAAAAGCAGACGAAAAACGUUUAAUGUACAAAAUGCCAACCACAUCUAAUUGGAAAACUUAUCAAGAGGAGCAGCUGACUUAUGAACCAGAAAAUCAACAAAUCCACAAGGAAGUGGUUACCAGGUCUAGAAGUUUAUAUAAUCUGCAAGAUGAACCUGUUGAGAUAUUAUUAAACAAGCCACCAACAUUAAUAAAAGCAACAUCAGAAAACCAUUUGUUUAAAAAUAACAUAAAACAAAAACCAGUAAUAAUACAAACAACCCCCUCCAAAAAAUAUAGCAGUACUGUMAAUUUAACUCUUGAAAAAGAUUCCACAAAAUCCAACAAAAACAUAAAAUAUAAAUCUCAAUCUGAUUUAUGUGCAGAUAUUGAAGAACCGAAAAAACUUGAAAGACCUAAAUCAAUGGACUUCCUUAUCCAUAAAGAAAAUAAAUCACAYGCAGAUACAUUGAAAAAACAUUUUUAUUAUCACCCACUUAAGCCAAAUAAAAAACUCAAUGAUAAUGAACUACCAGAUCCAGAUAAAGUACUAAGUACAAGACAAUUAUUUCAAAAAGAAUUGAAAAUACCAUUACCGCCGAGCAUGAAUAAUCAAAAUCCAAAAACAGGACCAAGGCCAACGCAAGAAAUACGAGUUAUUCCAGAAACAUAUAAACCAAAACUUAAAAAAUGUGUGUCUGUUGAUAUGGGGACAAGUAUACAUAAUAGAUGGACAGAUAGUGGAAGCAUAUCGUCAGGAGUUGGGAGUGAAGCGAGCUUUGACACAGAAUCAUCUGAGACAAAUCAUCGAGCAGACGGGUACAGUAGUGACGACGAAGAUUACAUAACAGACAAAACAACCGUAGAAAUAGUUGGAAGACCAGUAUCAGCUGAAAUACUUAACAAAAUCAGAAAAUUUGGUACAAGCGUAACUUAUUAUGGUGGUAAGGUAAUAUCCAGCACCAGAGGAGUUGUAUGUAGUCCUAUGACAAUGACCAUUAUGGAUGAAAUAAGACAUCAAAAAGAAGAAAAUGUAAAGCUUAGACUAGUAAAAAGUAAUAGUUGUGGAAGUAGAAUUGAAUUGAUAGAAGAGUCCAAACGAGGUGAAAAACAAGUAGAAGCAAUACAAGAAGAAGAAGAAGAAGAAGAAGAUGAAGAACAACGAGGAACAUCAAGUCCACAAAUAACAGAUGACAAUUUAUCAAAGCUUUCAAGUGCAUCUUCUGACGAUAUGUCAUGGAAAGCUUUAGUAGUAAUUCGAAAGAAAAUGAGUACCAUACCAGUAUUUGACAUGGAAUUUGAAGAGUUUGAAGUAUUAGAUGACAAAAAUAACUAAAACUUUAAUGAUCGAUUUCCUCAAAAAAUUCUUUGAAUUUUAUUAUUAUCAUUUGAAUAUAAUACACUUUAUAAUUAUAGCUAUAAUAUUAAUGAUCAGAUAUUACUUGUAUAAAAACCGUUCUAUUUUGAUCAAAUUGCCAAAAUUAUUGAAAUUAUWA